AAAUUAUUUUAAAUAAAAAAAAUAGUAUAAAAACUGUAACAGCUGUAACAAUUAAUAAUAAUAAUAUUAAUUAUAAUAAAAAUAAUUGGUUUAAUAAUAAAAAGAAUAUAAGAAAAACAGAAUUAAAUAUAAAAUUAAAUAAUUCUAUAAUUGUUAAAAAUACAAAAAUUCUAUUUAAUAUUAUAAAAUCAUUUAAAAUUUCAAUUAAUUUUAUAAAAGUUUUAUUAACAAUAUUAUUGGCAACAUCUGUACCACAAUCUUCAUAUUCAUUUCAUCAUAAUAUAAAAUAUAGUAUGAAUGUUGUUAAAACAAAAUAUGGUCCAAUUAGAGGUAUUAUUAUAAGAUCAGAACCAUUAGUUGAGGCAUAUCUUGGUGUACCAUUUGCAUCACCGCCAGUUGGUGGUCUAAGGUAUAUGCCACCAGUAACACCAUCAACAUGGCAAAAUACAAAAUUAGCUGAUCGUUUUUCACCAGUUUGUCCUCAAUCUGUACCAAUGCCACCAAAUGGUCCAGAAGCUUUACUUGAAGUGCCUAGAGGACGUUUAGCACAAUUACGACGUUUAUUACCAUUAUUAACAAAUCAAUCAGAAGAUUGUUUAUAUUUAAAUUUAUAUGUACCGAGAGCAUUAAAUCCCGGUUCAGCAUCACCACCAUCACCAACUAAUUACGGAGAGAAAGUAGGUGGCAUAGUUAAUGUAGAAGCUCGUUUUGUUGUGGAAAAUUCAUUCUUUUGA